UCGUUAAUUGCGAUAGUCGGAGCAGGUUUAGUUUCAAAUCGACAGCCAAGGCGAGCGGACGCACACCUGAUAGCGAUGGGAAAAUUAGUACUGUACGGUUUGGAGCCUAGUCCGCCGGUGCGGGCCUGCAAACUGACCCUUGACGCCCUGGGCCUUCAGUAUGAGUAUAAGCUUGUGAACCUGCUGGCCGGUGAGCACAAGACAAAGGAGUUCAGCCUGAAGAAUCCGCAGCACACGGUGCCCGUGCUGGAGGACGAUGGCAAGUUCAUCUGGGAGAGUCACGCCAUUUGCGCUUACCUUGUUAGGCGCUAUGCCAAGAAUGAUGACCUGUAUCCCAAGGAUUACUUCAAACGCGCCCUUGUUGAUCAACGGUUGCACUUUGAGUCGGGUGUGUUGUUCCAGGGCUGCAUCCGGAACAUUGCCCUUCCAUUGUUCUACAAAAACGAGACAGAGGUGCCGCGCUCAAAGAUUGACGCCAUCUACGAGGCCUAUGACUUUCUGGAAGCGUUCAUCGCUAAUCAGCCUUAUCUCUGCGGAACGGGCAUAACCAUCGCAGACUACAGUAUAGUUUCGUCCGUCUCUAGCCUAGUGGGCUUGGCCCCUAUCGAUGCCAAGCGCUAUCCCAAGCUGAACGGCUGGCUAGACAGGAUGGCCGCACAGCCCAAUUACCAGUCGCUCAACGGCAACGGCGCACAGAUGUUGGUCGACAUGUUUAGCUCGAAGAUCACAAAGAUUGUGUGAUUGUGCACUCCAGCUGGCUUAAAGGUUACAAAUGAAUUGUGUUCUGAUUACGUAACAAUAAAGCUUCUAUUUGUAUAAUCUUUA